CGAUAUGAAACAUUGUUCAAAAGUGUAUCGAUGAGUAAAAACUGGCAUCGCUGAAGAAACGUAAACGAGGAUGAAGACGAAGUUUGUAAACAACAGUUCAAAUUCUGAGCAUUCUCGAUUAUUUCGUGUGAUAUUUGAGGAUAUUAGUAAAGAUUCGUAAAAUAUCUAUUCAUCAUGAAGCGUAAACAUUGGGGAUCACUAGAAGAUGGCAGCGACAAAAAGAACGAAAUUGCUAGCAACGAAAUCAUACUUCCGAUGACAAAAAUGGAAAAGUUUCAGCAAAUCAAACUUCCAUAUACGAUAACUCGUGAAAAGAGGAUCCCAUUGAAAAAUCCACUGGUAACACAAACGGUAGAAGUAAUGAAUCAAACCGAAAUGAUUCAAACUCUGAUCGAUACCUAUUCCACCAAGUCCGGACACAGCUACAUUCUGAAUCCCUGCCAGCUGAUGCCAAACAUCGACUUUCCACCGGCCAAUACUGCCGACUUGAACAGGAAUGAGAAAAUUCUACGACCUUUAUGGUUUGCAAAUCCUCAUGACAGUCGAUUUACGCGUGGCGAACCAAGAAGCUAUCCAAAGCUCACAAGACCGGUGUUGAUCCAAGCUCUCCGAAAAGUAAUAUGUGGCCUACUGAGGGUGGCAGGCUUUUCCGAGAUUAAUGAAUCUGCCUUGAUUAUGAUGGUCGACGGGAUAGAUCAGUAUAUGCGACUAUUGUGCGAAUCAAUGCGAGAUGUAUUGGUUAGUGAGGGUCGUGAAGCGCAGUCUACCCUGGAUAUUCUUACUUUAGAGAAGAGUUAUUUUGCGGUUAGCAAACGGAGUGUGACCAGUUUACAUAACUAUUACAAAGAGCUGGGCAACAAGAAUAAAAACGAAAUUCGCGAAUUCAAGGAUAUCUUUCAAGAGUACGAUAAACUUUUACAAGAGAACCAUUUGUCCGCAGCACAAGGCAUGCAUCAGACAAGUAGUAAAAUGGAAACCGUCAAGGAGGAAGAAUAUAUGAGCUUUCUGGAAGGAGCACAAUUGCAACAGCAUUCUCAGCUGGAAACAUCAGGGGCAGGACCAUCUUCGGUAGACACGGCCUCCACAAUCAACAUCAUGAGUUUUCUGAACGGCGAAGGCAGUACUGGUACAGAUUAGGUGAUUAUAAAUCUAAAAUUAAAUUAAAUUAAUAAAAAAAGCGCGUCUAAACAAA